AUGGGGCAUGAGUGGGUUUGGUUGGAUUCUGAGCAAGAUUAUCCCAAUGACUCUGAGCUGAGCAACGACUGCAGGUCUCUCUUCAGCUCGUGGGAAUCCAGUCUGGACCUUGAUGUGGGCAGCUGGAGGGAAACGGAGGAGCCAGGGGCUGAGGAGCUAGAGGAGAGCAGCCCUGGGCGAGAACCUAGUGAGCUGCUGGUGGGGGACGGAGGCAGUGAGGACUCUCAGGAAGAGGCAGCGCAAGUCGGCCGCCAUAACCUCCUCCACUUCCUCUCUGAGGAGGAGAUUGAGUGCACAUCCAGAGAUGAAUACCCAGAGGAAGGGUCUCUGUCAGAGAUGGAAGAUCAGUCUUCUGGUGAGUGCGAUGACGGCUUCAGCCUUAAGGAGACGCCUCUGGUGGAUAUUCUUCUCAGCCGUGCUGCCUCCUCGAAGCUAUCUGGUCUAGGCCAGAAUGACCCUGUCCAGGAUCACUUGCUCUUUAAGAAGACUCUCCUGCCUGUCUGGAAGAUGAUUGCCAGUCACAGGUUCAGCAGUCCAUUUCUGAAGCCUGUGUCAGAAAGGCAGGCCCCAGGGUACAAGGAUGUGGUGAAAAGACCCAUGGACUUAACUAGCCUGAAAAGGAAUCUGUCUAAGGGACGGAUUCGCACAAUGGCUCAGUUCCAGCGGGACCUGAUGCUGAUGUUCCAAAAUGCCGUGAUGUACAAUGACUCUGAUCAUCAUGUGUACCAUAUGGCUCUAGAGAUGCAGCAAGAAGUCUUGGAGCAGAUUCAGGUACUAUUUGUAGAACGCUUCAAGAAAAAAGAAAGAUAG